AGUCACAUUAUAUUUUUAUUUAUAUUUAGUCAGACUUUUUUGAUAUGGAAGAAAAGGGAAGAAAUGAAACUAAUGAUAAAGAUCUUCUGUCAAGUUCAUUAGAGAUUCAGAUGACAAAAGUUUUGAGAAAAAAUUCCAAAGCAGGAAACGCUAUAGAUGAAAUUUUCAAACCUACCUUUGUCAACUUUCAAAGAUUCUGUGACAACGAUACGUAUGAAAAAAAUGUGAGAAAACCACUAAAAGGACAAAAUAAAUAUUUUAGCGAAAAUGAUCAAGUGCAAAAAACAGAUAAAUGCUCAAAUGCUUUAAUUAGUUGUGAAAAAUCUCCAACUUCAGUUCAUUCGUCUGUAGAACCUGUAGAGUUACGCCGAACUUCCAGAAGAAUUGUCCAUCGCGUCAAAAAAGAUUUCGUUUUAGAUUUUCCUAGUAUUAAAAAACAAGCCAGACCUAAGACAACUAUCCCAGGAUACCUGGGAAAAAAGAAAGAAAAAGAAGUUCGAAGACCUGGUAGACCUAGAAAAAAUCCAGAGGCAAAACUUUCAAAAUUAGAUGAACAUGGAAGUACGACAUCGACACUUUCUCCGAAUAAUGCAGUUUCUUCUGCAUUUAGCCCGCAAUUCCAAAGCUAUCUGCAAACUUCAUAUUAUCCAAAGUCAAGCAGCAGAGAAAUUAAAAACUUCAGCUUUAAGGAUCAGGAUCCGUUCAUAUACUCUUCUCAUAAAGUUGACGACUUGAACAUCAAAACAUCGAAAAUACCAGCAAUACAUCAAGGUUUUAAUGACAAUCAGCUGGCAACUUCUUCGAAGCCAACUGUUAUUUAUUUUAAAUUUCCAAAAAAUUGCACAAAAGUUUCUUCUUCAAGAAAAUCAAAGCAUCGAAAUGUUAGAGAAGACAUUUCGAAUUCUCAGAUUACUAGUUACGAACAAUAUCGAGAAACAACUGAUAAAAUUUAUUUACAACAAAAGUAUGGAAUGAUUGAUAUGGUCCUCGUGGAUUACUUUUACAGUAUAAGUCAAGGAAAUAUCCAGCAAGCUGAUCUGCUGUUAAGAAGAUACAUGUACCGAGAACUAGAACUGCUGCCUUGUGAUUUUGUUUAUCCUUUCUCAAAGACUCAACAUUUGGGGGAAAACAAUGAAGACAUCCGUAAUACGUGGAGUAAUGGAGUGCUUCCUGAAUCGGAUUCACCAGUAUUCAUCGAAAUCGAUACUUUAAAUCGUCAAGUGAUUGUUGACUCCAUACGAAUUUUAUAUGAUGAGGAAUCAGUUUUAGAAUAUUAGUAAGAAAGCAGAUAGUACACGAGUAAGGAGUGCAAAACUUUUAGCUUCAUUAUUCUAACUCAAAAUAUAUAAUUAUUAUUCUAUUAAAAUAUGU